AUGCGCAUCCAGACUUUAUUAAUUGUUGUUGUUGUUACUCUUUCCCUCGCAUAUGGACAAGAUAGAAAAAUAACUUCUAAACUAAAUCCCGGGUGUCAAAGCUGUACAACAGAGACAACUCUAGUUUAUGUGAAAUGUGAAGGAAUCUCGGAUACUAUCCAUCAAAUAUGGGACUUUACAAGACAUACACCCACUGUGAUAUUCGCAAUAGGAAGCUUAAACUCAACUAUGAACAUAACUUGGGAUAGGAUGUUACCAAAGACUAUAUCCGUUUCAGAAAAACCUCUGUAUAGUUUUGCCACAGCUAUUGACAAACUUUUUGAAUAUGACGAUUUGGAUGAUAAUGGUCAUAUAGACCCAAAGUUUCCCCAUAAGGAAGUCAGUUUGAACAGCAUGGUGUGGCAUCUCAACGAGAGCAAGAUGACUGACAAGGAAGCCAUGGUACAUGUCUAUGGGAUAAUGGAUGAUAAUAGACAUGGGAAACGUGGUAUUGUCAAUAUAAAGCUUGACCUAAUACCGUUUAAAGACUACGCAGUGGAUCUCCCACAUCUCAUCCACACAGCGAAUUCCACUCUGUUUGACAUAAGUCUAGUCAAUCUGACCACGACCAAAGAGUUUAAUGCGUCUCGAUACGCGAUACAUUUGCUGAUGGUGAGCACUGACUCGGUCACUGAGACGAUGCACUACACUAUGAGAAAGAGCCUGGACGAUGAACACACACCUGGUGUUUUUGAGAUAAUAGAGAUCAAAACGCCUGCGCUGUACAACGAAGACGAGGGCGGGUACCUGCAGUUCCGGCCGGUCGGCUACAGGCAGCCCGAGCGCAGUGUUGCCAGCUCUACCGUCGCGCACGUCUCCGACUUUACUAGAACGACUCUCCCCCGUCACAGCACACUAAAGCUGUUCUACGACACACUCGAGGGGCCCGACCUCCUCGUGCAAGACCUGUUCGUGUCCUUCGGUGAGCCCGGGGACGGGUUUUAUAAACAACAUAAUUAUACUGCGUGGUCGUUCACAAUCGGCUACGGUACACCACCAAUAGAAAACUUCUCGUUUUUCGUGAUUAUGAUAAUAUGUAUAGGUUUAGGUGUCCCCGUACUUCUGGCACUCUCCGGUAUAGUGUUUGUGGUGCUCAGACGGUACAGACACCGUCACAACAGAACUAGGUUCACUAAUGAGGAA